AUGGAAGAGUUUUUGUUAAAUUUUCAUAGACAAGAUAUUGAAACUAUAUUGGAACAUGAUGAUGACACCAAAUACUUUUCACUGCACGUAAACUUUACAGAAUUGAACAACAGCGCUCCAGUCUUAGCGUCAAGUCUCCUCUUGCAUUCUAGCCUCAGUUUAAAAUUAUGGAACGAAGCUCUAGUUGCAGCACAGCAAGAACUCUUAAAUUCUAUUCAAGGCGUUAGAAUAUAUAUGAUGAGAGUAAAAUCCAAAGUCCGAGUCAGAUUUCAAAAUUUGUAUGCUAAUAAUGAAUGCGACAACAAAUUCUUUCCUAGUGAAAAGGAUUUUGAAAAGUUUAUACAAUUCAAAGGUACUGUGAUAAGAAUGACCCAAGCAAGGAUGUUAGAGAUUAAAAGAGAUUACAAAUGUCUUCGGUGUAAAUAUGUUGAGACAGUUCAUGCAAAUUGUAGCAAAAUGUAUUUAAUUGAGCCGAUAACCAAGUGUAAAAAUCCUGAAGGUCAAUGUAAGUCUUCCAAAAUUGUUAGUUUUGAUGAAAAUAGACUUGGACCCGAGAACUGUAUUGAUUAUCAGGAGUUGAAGAUUCAGGAGCAAAUGGGUCAUCAAGGUGUCGGUUCAUUACCUGCAACAAUAUGGAUCAGUUUAGGAGAAGAUUUAGUCGAUACUUGUCAACCUGGAGAUGACAUAAUUGUGUGUGGCAUUGUGCAAAGACGUUGGAAAUACAUCACUGUGAACAGACAUUUAGAUGUGUCGCUGUCUAUAAGAGCAAAUUCUGUCACAGUUGUUACUAAACAGGAUAAUGAUGUGGAAACAGAAACAGCCACAGACAGUUGGAUUAAGAAAUUUUGGUUUGAUCACCGGGAGAAUGGUAAAAUGCUGCAAGCGAGGGAUCUGUAUGGAAUGUAUUUAAUAAAACUGGCAGUCGUUCUUACAAUAAUAGGAGGCACAUCAAAUUCAAAUAACUCGAAGCAGCUCAACACAAAAUAUACUACGAAUAAUGAUGAACCGGUAAGGUGCUCCCAAUUUUUGUCUACACAAAGAACUCCGUCGCAGGAAGACAAAGGUAGUGAUGUUUCGGUACGUGGGCAGUCACAUUUGUUACUCGUUGGAGAUCCGGGGACUGGAAAGUCUGAAUUGUUGAAGUUUGCACAGAAAUUAGUGGCGAGAUCUGUGCUAACAACAGGAAUUGGUUCAACAUCUGCUGGUUUAACUGUAGCUGCUGUAUGGGAGUCCAGCGAAUGGACCCUCGAAGCAGGUGCCCUAGUACUCUGUGAUGGUGGAGUAUGCUUCAUAGACGAAUUCACCUCGAUGAAGGAGCAAGACAGAGCUUCCAUACAUGAAGCAAUGGAGCAGCAGACAAUCAGUGUCGCCAAGGCUGGUAUGGUGUGCAAAUUGAGCACUAGGUGUUCAGUUAUAGCUGCAGCUAAUCCGAGGAAAAGAUACAAUCAGAUUGAUAGCAUUAGUGCCAAUAUCGUAAUAGCACCACCUUUACUUAGCAGAUUUGAUUUAAUUUUUAUCCUAAAAGAUCUGCAUGACGCAAAGUGGGAUAGUCUAGUGGCCGAUCAUAUUCUUUUUGGAGAGAAAAGUGAUUUUGAGACUUCGGUGAUUGACAGUGAAAAAUGGACAGUCAAAAUGUUUAAAUCGUACUUUGAGUUCAUAAAAAAUAUAAAUCCUGUGAUGACUGAAGAAGCCGAAUUGAUUUUGUCAGCUUAUUAUCAAUACAAGAGGAUGAGCCAGUAUCGGGAUGCAUCCAGGACUACGGUGAGAUUGCUGGAUAGUCUUAUAAGGUUAUCGCAAGCCCACGCUCGUCUCAUGUUCAAGAAACACGUUGAGGCAGUCGAUGCAGUCACCACAAUCAUCCUGAUGGAAUACUCUAUGCAAUCGGAUAACUCGAGUGGACAUAUUUCCAUGGUCGACUUGCAGGAUCCCAUUAAAGCCAAAAAAAUCGAAGACUACGAGAGGCUGCAUCGACAGAUUUUGGGCAAACUCGAUUUGGAGGAUUUGGUAAAAGAUCAACGGGAGGAUGAAUCUUGUGGUAGUAAUAAUAUAUUGUCUUCACAAACACUUUGCAAAUCCAGUAAUAGUAGUAUGGUAAACAAUUUACAAGGUUCUACACAUUCUUCUGGUGAAUCUGCUAAUAAAUCUAAAGAUAAUUGUAGAAUUACUAAAAGUCUAAAUGAUAAGCCUGAUUUUAUAAAAAAACUUCUCAAUCGUAGCCAGACAAGUCUUGAUAAAAACAGUAAUAGUAGUAUGGUCAAACAUUUAGAUGGUUCUACACAAUCUUCUGGUGAAUCUAUCAAUAAAUCUAAAUGUAAUGAUGGAAUAACCAAAAGUUUAAACGAUAAGCCUAAUUAUAUAAAAGAACUCUUCAAUCGUAGCCAGACGAGUUUUGGUAAAACCAGUUAUAGUUCUAUGGUCAAACAUUUAAAUGUUUCUACACAAUCUUCUGGUGAAUCUGCUAAUAAAUCUAAGGAUAAUGAUGGAGUUACCAAAAGUUUAAAUAAAAAGCCUAAUUUUAUACAAGAACUUUUUAAUCGUAGCCAGACAAGUCUUGAUAAAAACAGUGAUAGUGGUAUGGUAAACAAUUUACAAGGUUCUACACAAUCUUCUGGUGACUCUAUCACAAUGGAUGAUCCUGGAGCCGAUAAAGAGGAUUUGGUUAAAAAUAUUUUUCUAAACAAGACGACAAAUUUUAUUGAAGACCAGGAUAAAUCUAAAAUCAAUGCCUUAAGCAGUACUGUUUCAGCCCAAAUUUUAAGAAAUAAAUGUGAAGCUACCAAAGAAAUUACUGAAGAUAUUUUUGACAGUAAGAGUCUUAGUAUUACAAAACAAACCCCGAAUAAAACUCCUGAGGAUUCCAAUGCAUUGAAAAUAUUGUCGAUACUGAAUUUGCAUUGA